AUGUCGCACCUGCCUCCGACACGCAAUACCAUUCGCGCACCCGAUUUCCCAUGGGCAUCGAUCGGAGGUAGGUGGAUGUUAGGGCUAUGCGAUGCGGUGCUAACCACAGACGAGCUGGUCGCGUGGCUGAUUGGCAUCGUCCCCUGCUUGCGAUGCGAAAGCGUUGAAGACUAUCUUCGCAAGCUCGUGCGACGUUCCGCUGGGGAGCUACUACAAGCGAUUGAGGACUACGAACAGCACGGCCGAGUAGCCCGACCCACAUGCGAGUGCCCCGACCGCAAUUUACGCCGCUCCAAUCGUGCCCCCUCACCGCCGCCCGCAACAUGCAUCCUGUCCGAAGAGUCGAGUUGGCCGUUCGAUCUCCAAAGUCCCUCUGAACAGGCUCUGCAUUGGAUCAAGCAGCGCUUGCAAGAGCGCCGCGUCUUGGAGAAGAUGAAGACCGCAUGGACAGCUUACUGUCCCCAGGCCAUCCUGAGCUUCGUACCGCAAGCUUCAUUUAGGAACAGUACAGCGGCAGACCCUGGGUGCAAUCCUCAAACGACAUUCGGACCCUGCGGUGACUACGGAGUCGUCCUCAGGCUACUCUCUGAAGACAUCGGAAAGCAGAAGCCAGCAGAGACGCGGUGGCAUGCGUUCUUGGAACGACCAGGCCCUUGUGUCGCAGACACCACCCUCAGUGGCGUCUUGGAUGAACAACGUGACUCGGAAAAGCGGCCCACCGAUGCCCAUCCCGGUCUCACCCUUAGUCACGUUGUUGCCACCAUGGUCAUGGAUGCAGGCUUCCACGACGAAGACGCUCUGGCUGUCUUCGGCGGCUCCCGUCACUAUACCGUGGAGGUGCACCCCUUCAGGACUUCGCCUUCUGGGGCUACGUCAAUGCUACCCCACACCACACAGUGCAUCAGCCAGCCUACGACCCUAAAUGACAUCUGCGGCGUGACAGUCUUGUUUCUCGGCUGCUUGGCCCUCAAGAAUGAAGAAGCCUGUGAUAAGCUCCUAGACAUGAGGGAUACUGGAGCCGCUAUCCUGAAGGAUCUGUCCGACGGUCAAGUCGACGGCGUGCUUGGAGACAGAGUGCUUGCGCGCCUCAGGAGGCUCUUCUCAUCAGCAAUGGGUAUGGAGACAGUAUGGACUAUUGACGCAUUAAGCUGUCGUUUAUUCACCUGGGCUACCUUCUGGCUUCGGCAGCCCAGUCAGAAGCAAGAAAGGAGCCUCUCGCCGGACGGGCGCUUCACAUUCGAUAUCACCGUCUGCGCUAUCUUCCAGCUCUGGAACAAUUCGAUCAACUCUUGUGGGGACAGACUGUUCACUCCCGAUACGACAGAGGGCUGGGAAGAUACAGCUGAGGUGACGGGGAUGGGGGUUCUAUACGGCUGCGCCGUCGCAAUUGCCUGCAUUCGCUGUCUCAAGGAUAUUGGGCGAGACACAGACUGUGAACAUCCCGAGUCUGAUUUCGAUACAGCCCCAUCCAGCUUCGCACUGUCACUCUUUAAGGCCGCGUUCCAGGUCCAUCCUUCCCAGUGUUCCGAGACUGUUCUGAUCGGGCAGCUGGCGGCUCUCAUCGUGGAAGACGGCACACCUCUGUCCCAGGACAUCGACGCUCAAUGGUCCACCGUUCUAUCGUUGUGUUAUGGACUGCAAAAUGUACGCCGCAAUCUUCAAGCAAUCAGCAAGCACUAUGAGCAGCAAGUGGACGGCCGCCGCCUCUUCCGAGCUUUCCGACAAAGUUUCUCUUGCAUUAUCCGACCAUACUCAGAGGUGGCAAGUUAUCGUAGCGACCACUUCUUCCACCCCGAUCAGCCAAGCUCUGCAAUUAAGCUCGACAAGUACCGCUUUCUUGGCGACGGGAAGGUUACGCACUACAAUCCAGCGUAUGGAAAGACAAUCUUCCAGGAUCUUGCCUCUCAGCGGCUUGAGUGGUCCGACCAGCCCAAAAGCCCGGGGCACAAAUCACGCCUGCGAGAUAUCGACCUCUUCUCGUCGUUGAGACGUCUAGAUCUCGCUUUUCGGGAUGGUAUGGACUCUAAAACUCAGGACGCCGGUUCAGAUUUGAAGGAAUCUCCUCCUUCUCCCAUGAGCCUGUCCAUAUCUUCAGAUCCCACAGCUGAAGAUCGCUCUCCAACCGGCUUGCGUCAGAUGCUCGCUAGAUUCAGACGCCCCUCUCCAAGCAAUCAGCCUAGACCCACUAGAUCACCGCCUUCCUCACCAACUCCAGAGACAAUCUCUUUGAUCAGCUCUUCGGACGGUGUCUCCUAUUGCGCGGAGUCUCCGUCGGGCUCAGAUGGUUCCGACAAUGCCCCUAUCCUCCCUUACUCAUCACUACUACGGACAUCUUCUGGCUCGGACAUCAGCCAGCGUGAACGGCAUGCUUCACUAAGCAGUCACCUCCAUGCGCAUAGUGCAGAUGAGGAGGAGGCGAUGGAAGAGGCCAACUCUAUCCGUUCCGAAGCUUCGGGGACCAGCUUCAGACCUUCGGCUACACAUUACAUAUCGCCGGAAUUGGAGUUGGCAGAAGAGCAUGUCUUGAUCAAGUCUGUGUCGAAUCCGACGAUCGACUCAAGCCUCGAAAAACGACGACGGAACCUGCAGCCUAAGACGUCGAUGUCCUCCUCUGAAGUAGAACUUAACCGGGACAAGCAUCACUCGGCAGCGGAAGCAGGCAUGCUGACGCCUGUGGCGGCUUCUAUCCGGAGCACGCCGGAGACGACUGAACCAGUGCUGUCUCAGAAGAGAAUCAAUGCCUGGGAUUCCUUGGACGCAGCUUCGCAGUAUCAUCUGAUGACGGCCACUCCGAUGUCAGACACACUCUCCACGUCGGCCCCUUCCCCACCGCCUUCCAUCCCUCCCGAGCUCGAAUCACCGGGUAGCCCCCCGCCUCCACCCUCUGCCUCGCUUCCACCAUCAACUCAGGAGCUCACAAUCACAAUACCUACUUCUCCGGACGCAGCGUGGGUCCCUCUGCCCGUGUCAUUCCCGCCAGCAUGUCCCAAGCCUGCAGCAUCCCCCUCAUCUCCUAAUUCGCCACUACCGCCCGCCAGCCCCCAGCCGCCUCCUGCACCUCCUCCGGCUAUGUUUCCGCGGCCAUCUGAGCGCCCCCUUCCUCGACCGCCGAUUGCACUUUCUGAAACAUCGUCAGCCCCACCAACAUACUCAGAGAGCGUGAGAUCCACAACAUUCUCUGACUUCUCUUCAUACCAACCGGCUACUGGGGCGCUCGUCCUUCUGACGGUUGCCAUGCUUGCGCCGUCGUCGUUCUCUGGGCCUCUCAUCCUUGUCGUUCUGCUGUUCUAUUUUGCGCCAUCUAGGACUGGCGUCCAGCGUCUGUCCGCAGCCGGGGCGCCAGCUGCCAGGCCCCACCCGAAGACGUGA